AAGCAGACGACUCUCAAAAACUGGAAUUGUGAAAGAUGCAAUAGAGACACUUUAUAAAAUAAAACACUUAUUACUAGAACAACAAAUAUGGAAGAUACUAAGUUGAUCUUGACAUUAAUCAUAAAUGCAGCCUUUUCAUUGGUUUCAUCAUUAAUUUUAAUUAAAAUUAUACCAAGAUUCUCCAAAAUGUUUAUUGGCGCUAAUUUGUUUGGGAAAGAUUUAAAUAAAGCUCAAUUAAAAAAACUGCCAGAAGCUCAAGGAGUAUUAGCAGGAGCAUUUUUUCUAAUCGUUCUCUUUCUGUUCAUUCCCGUUCCUUUCUAUGAAUAUUUCUAUAAUCGAUCGAUAGGAACUCAAUUUCCAUUUUCCGAGUAUGUUCAAUUCCUAGCUGCAUUACUGUCAAUUUGCUGUAUGAUUUUCUUGGGUUUUGCUGAUGAUGUCAUGGAUCUGCGAUGGCGUCACAAACUCCUUUUACCUACCAUAGCUUCGUUACCACUUCUUAUGGUCUAUUUCGUUACAUUUGAUCUCACAGAGAUAAUUGUUCCUAAACCAUUUCGGGCAUUUGUUGGAUUUUCCAUAAAUAUUGGACCACUUUACUAUCUAUAUAUGGGAAUGCUAGCAGUUUUUUGUACCAAUGCAAUAAACAUUCUAGCUGGUAUUAAUGGUGUUGAAGCUGGACAAAGUCUCAUAAUUGCAAUAUCAGUAGUCAUUUUUAAUGUUUUAGAAAUUCAUGGAACUCAUCGCGAAGCACAUAUUUUUUCUUUGUACUUCCUUAUGCCUUAUAUUGGAGUAUGUUUGGGUUUAUUGUAUCACAAUUGGUAUCCAGCAAACGCCUUUGUUGGUGAUACGUUUUGUUACUUUUCUGGUAUGACAUUUGCCGUUGUUGCUAUUCUUGGUCAUUUUAGCAAAACUAUGCUCCUAUUCUUUAUUCCUCAAGUAUUCAACUUUCUUUUCUCUGCUCCCCAACUAUUUCACUUUGUUCCCUGUCCAAGGCAUAGGAUGCCAAAAUAUAAUGUAAAAACUGACAAAUUGGAAUCUAGCUUAGCCGAAUUUAGCGAAAAAGAUAUCAAAUUUCCAGGAAAAUAUAUUCUCCGUAUUGCAUCUUUCUUUAGAUUAAUCAACCUAACGCAAACUGUUGAAAAAGAGAACCAUAUUCAUUACAAGUGCACUAAUAUGACGAUUCUGAACUUGCUACUGAGGCUGUUCGGGCCGUUACAUGAGAAAACAUUGUGUUGUGUUUAUUUAAUGCUUCAAGCAUUAUGUAGUAUUGUCGCUUUUAUGAUUCGAUAUCAAAUUGCAGGUUUAGUGUACGAUACCUAG